UAUGGGAGCAGCUCGAUCGGAGGCCUGCCAGUAUCAAUUCAGCCGGUGCCAGCAACAGUUCACAGCGAUCCGAUUCCGUUUCUCCAGUAAAUCCACACAAAUGGCAACUGCAACCAGCGGCAGUGGACUCCAUCUGGAGGCCAUCGAUCGCCUCGGCUCCAUUCCCCUGGUGGAAUCCAGCGUGAAGCGAGUUGAGAACAUCUACGACAAGGUCAAGAACAACAAUAGGCUCUUCUCCUGGUACUUUGAGACCGCCGAGGCUACCAUCUCCGCGGCCUACGACACCGUCCAGCCGGCCGUCAAGCUUUUCGAGCCCUCCAUUCGACGCCUGGAUAACGUGAUGUGCAAAAGCCUGGACAUCCUGGAGCAGCGCAUCCCACUGGUCUACCUGCCGCCCGAAAUGAUGUACUGGAACACCAAGGAGUACAUGUCGGAUCAUCUGGUGCGUCCGGUCCUGAAGCGCGCCGACUCCGUCAAGCAGAUUGGGAACGCGGUGCUGGAGAGCCCACUGACCACCUAUGCCGCCGAGCGCAUUGAUGGCGCCUUUACAGCCGGCGACAAGUUUGUAGACAAGUAUCUGGUGCCCAUCAGCACGGAUCAGGAUCAAACAGAUGUUCAAAAAUUGCUUUUGACCCUGGAUGGUCAUACUUCGUCAAUUCGACUGCACUUGACUCGAAUGUUUGGCCAAAAAACCCCGCAGGAGGAUGAUAACGAGGCGGUACCGGACGAACGGGGCGCCCUCAAGGCGAUCCAUCACGGUCAACGCUUCUCCCGCAAGUUGAAGCGCCGCCUCACCCAAAGAACCAUUGCAGAGGCGCGGGCCCUGAAGAAACAGAGCAAAGAGGCCAUCCAUGUGCUCAUCUAUGCGGCAGAGCUGAUUGCCACCGAUCCCAAGCAGGCCGUUCAGAAGGCCAAAGAACUGUGGAUUUAUCUCAGUGCGGAUGAGCCUGAGAAUCAGGCAAGGCCCGCCACUUUGGAGCAGUUGAUAGUGCUCCUGACCCGCGAAUCGGUCAGACGAGUGGUGCAUCUGGUGAAUUUUAGCGCUCAUGUGGCAGCCAAUAUACCCAGAAACCUGGCGCACACGACCACAGAGGUGGCCCACCAAAUCAUAUACAUCAACAACCGCAUAAUCACAAUAUCCCGGCUGGACAAGGUGAAGACUCUGUCCAAGGAGGAAGCUGAAUCUCUAUUCAAGCGCAUGCUGGCGUUCUACGGCAGUCUACAGGGUCUGACUAACACCUACCUGGAACGUGUGGCAAGCUUCUUAUCCGGACGCAUGGAAGCCGAGAAGGUGACGGGCAGCGACAGCGCCAAUUCCAAUCACAGUUCCUCGCGGAGACGGCAGGAGCAGAAUCAUUACUCAGCCACCCACAAUAACAUCAACGGCGUCUACUAGCAUUGAAUUUUUUAUUGCUAUCGUAUUCUUAUUUCUUAUGAUAGAGUUCUGUUUCUCCGUACAUAUACGCACAAUUCACUAAACGAUAUAUUUUUUUUACAAAAUGCAUUUGCCAGUAAUAUAAGCCCAAUAUCAAAUCAGA